ACGAGCUUGGGACUUUAGUCAAAGUGUCUGACUCUAAGAAAGUGCCUUAUAUCAAAACCCCUAAUGUUUAAUCAGCAUCAACCGUUAACCCUAUGUCAAUUGUCAAAUAAGUGGGAAUAUAAUCUUGUAAACCAAUGCCUUAUCCAUUGUCUACCUACUGAACUCAGGGUUGCUACACCAUCCAUUUUGUUCACAACUUCAAAAACUUUUCUGACGUUAAUAUUAACAUUAAUAGAGAUCAAAACCUCUACUACGCUUAUGACUUAUCAACACACACCUCACAACAAUAACGGUUUACGUGAUUUAUAUUAAAGCCAUGCACGUACCUAUGAUUCAUAUCUUUGCAACCCUUUCAUGCAAAUCUCAAUAAACUGUACUUCUUAACGUUUGAACACUAAAUUUAUAUCAAUGAAGGUAUUUGUAUACCUUGAAUUUUGGCAGAGGUUUCACCUUCGGCUAUUUUGGGCACAAACACAAUAUAUAAAGUAUUUUUGUUCGAAAACCUAAGCUACUUGCUGGUCUAAAGCCUAGUUAUAUUUGGUUUUGAGGCACGUUAGCUUUAUUUACCAAAAUUCUCUGGAUAAUAACAAGUCAUAUCAGAUUCAAUGCAUAUCAUCAAAUAUUACUCGUAGUGUACCAUAAUAACAGAUUCAAUGCAUAUCAAUAUAAUUAAGAGAGAAACUAAGACAGAAAAGGGUGUUGAAAAAGUGGGAGUACCAAAUACAAAUGAAUGGAGCAACGAAGGAGAUCAAGCUGGAUGGUGCAUAGUAGCAUGCUUACCAAUCCCCAAAUGAGCCAUAAAGAGCCAAACAAAGCCUCACAAGUUCACCAAAUGUUAAAUUUAAAUUUACUGUUAAAAUUAAUUUAUUAAUAAUAUUUUAAAUUAAUGUAAAUAAUCUAAAAUAGAUCAAUGUAAAUAAUCUAAUAGAUGUAUUAUAGUUAAAAUAGUUUAAUGUAAAAUAAAUUUACUGUUAAAAUUAACUUAUUAUUUAUAUAGUUUAAGAUUUUUUAGAAACUUUAUAUAUUUAAUAGAUUAAUGUAAAUAAUCUAAUAGAUGAAAUUAAUAAAAUGGACCUCGUAUAAUUUUUUUUAUGGUAGAUUAAAAUCAUACUUCUCUUAUAAUCUAGAAGAUCGUAACAAUUUAAAAACAAAAAAAAAAGUGAAAAUAGUUUUGACUAGCCUGGAAAAAUAUUAUGAUGGGCAAAUAAGUAUAACUCAGAUUAUAUAUUUUCUAGGCCUCGAUCAUAACCCUCUGUACCCAGGAGAGACUUUCCAUUGCUUGCGCCGAGAAGAGAGGUUCUGCAAUCUCUACACUCGCCACGACCAUUUUCCGCACUGGUGGUGCUGAGUGAAAUCCUCAAAGCUCGAUGGAUCUGACGACGACGACUCGACAGAGACGCCCACUUCUCUCCGGCUCUUCUUCAUCUUCGGCCAAGCCGUACUCGAAAACAGACAAGCCUCGCCGAUCCGACGGCGGGGAUGCGGAGGAUCGCGGUCUUGGGUGGUUCUUGCCGUUUAUAGCUUUAUGUUAUCUCCGUUACAUGAGCGCGACUUCAAACAUCGUUCAUGACUGCGAUGAAGUGUUCAACUACUGGGAGCCUCUCCAUUAUCUUCUGUACAAGUCUGGGUUUCAAACCUGGGAAUACAGUUCGAACUUUGCUCUUCGCUCCUACUUGUACAUUCUUUUCCAUGAAUUAGCUGGGCGGCCUGCUUCUUGGUGGUUUGGUGAUGAUAAGGUUAGAGUUUUUUAUGCGGUGAGACUCUUCCUGGGGCUGGUUUCUGCAGUUUCGGACACUGUCUUGGUUGUUGCACUCUCCAGAAAGUAUGGGAAGCGUAUUGCUACCUAUGCAGUUGCAAUGCUCUGCUUAACCAGUGGUUGCUUCUUUGCUAGCACCAGUUUCCUCCCGAGUUCGUUCUCUAUGUAUGCGAUGAGCCUCUCAUCUGGUUUAUUACUUUUCGAGAAGUACGCCAUGGCUGUUGCAGUUUCGGUUUUCGGUGUGAUUCUUGGCUGGCCAUUUUCCAUCCUGGCGUUUUUACCUAUCGUUGUUUACGCUCUGGUUAAGAGAUUCAAGCAAGCAUUUAUAUCUGGCGCUGCCACCUCUAUUUUUCUCCUUGGACUCUCAGUACUUGUGGAUCACUACUAUUACAAGAGAUGGACAUCUUCGGUUUUGAAUCUCUUGAUAUACAAUGUCUUAGGGGGUGGAGAAAGCCAUCUCUAUGGAACCGAAGGACCGUUGUUUUAUAUAAAAAAUGGUUUUAACAACUUCAACUUGGGUUUUGUUUUGGCAAUUUUGUUCAUCGCACUGUUUCCUAUUAUCAGAAGAAAGUAUGACCGUUGCUUGCUUGUUGUGAUUUCGCCAAUGUAUAUAUGGCUGGCGUUCAUGUCGCUUCAGCCUCACAAAGAAGAAAGGUUCCUUUAUCCAAUAUACCCUCUUAUAUGUGUUUCUGCUUCUGUUGUUAUUGAAAACAUCCCUGAGCUGUUCAGGGAAAAGUAUAGCACACGCGAAAGUCUUCUGGUGACAAUAACCAAAUACAUCCGACCAGUGAUCCUUGGUCUUAUCUUAUGUGCUUCACAUGCUCGCACAUUUUCUCUGAUUAAUGGCUAUUCCGCUCCCUUAGAGGUCUACAAGCUGCUGGAGCACCAUGAUGAUGCUGGACCAGGUUCUGUUCUGUGCGUGGGAAGCGAAUGGCAUCGAUACCCAUCAUCGUUUUUCGUGCCUGACUACAUCAGCGAAGUGCGGUGGAUCGAUGAUGGGUUCCGCGGUCUUCUUCCGUUCCCAUUUAAUAGUACACUUGGAGGCACUGCAGCAUCACCUCCAUACUUCAACAACAAGAACCAAGCAUCUGAUGAACAAUUUUUGAAGAAUAUCGAAAGUUGCACAUUCCUCAUUGAGCUGCAGCUUAGCAGACCUUAUACAUAUCGAGGCAAUGACUUAUCGACAUGGGAGGCUAUAGCGGUGUUACCUUAUCUGGACAGAGAGCUAUCGCCAGCAAAGUAUAGAUCGUUCUUCAUCCCUUACAAGUGGCAGGAGAAGAAUGUGUUCGGCAAAUACGUAAUACUUAGAAGAGUGCCAAAAUGAUACCAAAAUUUUGAAAACUCUGUAGACCGAUUAGCUUUAGCUUUUUGUUCAUUGACCAAGUUUUGAGCCGAAUGUAAUAACAAAAUAACUGAUCAGUGUUUACUUUAACUUUCACGUUCAUUUUGUAGUAAAUCUCCAAACGGAAAGAAGAUCAUGUUAUUGAUGUUGACACUAAUGCUGCAAUGUCUUAAUCUUUCUCAUC